AUGGGCUUCACCUUGCCGAUACCUAUGGUUUACUCAAUGGCAGCUGGUGCAACUGCUCAGGCACCUACUAUUUCGACGAGUGAAAAUGGAGCUAAACAAUUUGUGAUGCGUAUUGUAAUGCAAGCAGUGUUUGAUGUUCUCGAGCAGCAGGGUCGCGCCGCAGGCCUCCCGGACCCAAUAAUCCAAGCCAUUUUGGAUCAACUCACUGUGAAAAUCACAUACCAACCCCUGCGAUGCGACAGUAUUUCUGUUAACCCAAUGCCAGCAGCAGCUAGUUAG